GAGAUUCUCUGCUUUUAUCGUAAACAUGGCUGACAGACGAAAUAAAUUGUUUGCUUCGCCAGUGAGAAAAUAAAUUUUGGAUAAUUCCGAGUUAUUUUGUGUGCUGAAACUGUGAAAUGGUCGUCAUUUAAGAGAAUAAAAAUGACUACAGGUGCUCCUGUGACGGUAUGAGCCUGUGGGGUUGUCUUAUGCCCUGCGGCUUUUUUUGGUGCGACAGUAAAUCGGGGCCUCGUAUGACAGAUGAGCGUAGCACCAUGGGAGCUACGAUAUCAACGACAGAUUGUCCCACGAGUGGGGGUGCAAUGCCGGCGACAGGUGGUGCACAUUUACGUGAAAGAAGGAAGAAAGUUACGGGAUUUGCAACAUUGAGGAAGAAAUUCAUUCGUCGCAGACGCUCAUCGAAGGCGUGCGACCAUGGGCGAGUACUGCGGGAUUUUGUGUCGGAUUGGAGUAGUGUGGAAUUGGCGGCAUUGUUGGAUGAAUUUGAAGCUCUGGCAGCGCUCAAGGAUCUCUCCGUUCAGGCGGAACUUGCACGCCCUCCAGCAACGACAUUCAAGCAAGAUUUGAGUGCGUUGUAUGAUUUUAAGCAUUGCACAGAUUGCGAUCUUGUGUUCCGGGGAACAGUCUUUCCGGUACAUCGUGCCCUUCUAUCGGCACGUUGUCCCUACUUCCGGGAUCUCCUGGCUGGAUGCCCGGGGUAUGGGGCACGUAUCUGCCUCGAACUCCGCUCAUCACCCGUGGAUGUUUCGAUGUUCUCUUCUCUGCUUCGAUACCUGUACACUGGGGAUCUAUGCCCGCAUGAUCCCAGCAUUGAUGUGGGGCUCCUGAGACGCCUGGGGGAGGAUUUCGGGACACCAAAUCCCCUUGAACAUGACCUGAGGUACCUCCUGGAGACGGGAGAUUAUGCCGAUGCAGCUCUUGUCUUUACGGCCGAAGGUAAUGACUACCACAGGCCAGAUUCCGGGAGUUCCGAAUAUGGAUUCCGCCCGAAGCUGGAGCUACCGUGCCACAAGGCAAUCCUAAGUGCUCGCUCGCCCUUCUUCCGGAAUCUCAUACAGAGGCGGACACGCAAUGGUGACGAACACACUGAACGUGCUCUCCACGUGCCAACACGAAUAGUCCUCGAUGAGACUGUCAUUCCCAAACGCUAUGCCCGUGUGCUGCUCCAUGCCAUUUACCUGGACACCGUUGAUCUUUCGCUCAUCCUGAGGGGGAGUGGAUGUGGCGGAGGGGCUUCCGGAAGUCUGGGGGAAGUGCAAGCACUCACGCACACUGGACGUACACGCCCGAGUCCACUCGAGGAAGCCAUGGAACUCUAUCAAAUUGGGCGAUUCCUCGAAUUGGAUAUCCUAGCUCAGGGGUGUGAAGAUUUAAUCCUUGAAUGGUUAACGCUCGAUACACUUCCUCAAGUGCUCAAAUGGGGUGCACAACCACAUGGGUCUGCAUGGGUAUCUCGACAAGCGUGUCACUAUCUCCGUGAAGAGUUCUCGGCCAUUUCGUGCUCACAGGUGCUGCAUCAAUUGGAUAAGUCUCAGCUAAUUGGGGCGCUACAGAGUAACUUUCUGCAAGCGUCUGAACUUGAGGUGCUGCAGGCGGUGCUUAAAUGGGGUGAGCAGGAAUUGAUUCGUCGUAUGGAAGAUCGUGAGCCGAAUUUGCUGAGCCACACAGCCCACUCGGUGACCCGGAAAGGGAUCAAGAAGCGCGAUCUGAGUGAUGUUGAGUUGCGUGAGAUUCUAUCGGAAUUGCUGCCACUCGUACGAAUGGACCAUGUUUUGCCGCCCAAUAGUGAGGUGCUCAAUCAGGCCAUUCGACGAGGGCUGGUGAGUACACCACCGUCCCAUAUGAUUGGGGAUGAUCGGGAGAAUUUGCGCGUGAAUGCAUGGAUACGCGGUGGGAAGAAUCAUGGCUUAUUUGUACGCCCGAGACUCUUUAUGCCGUACUAUGAGGAGAUAAAGUCCCUCCUGGAGGAUCAUAUGGCAUCCCAGCAGCUCGAUAUGCUGCGGAUGAGGCUAUCACGGCAUCUACCUGAUAUUCCCGACACGCUGUACAUGGUGUCGAGAUUGGGAACAACGGGCCAUGGGGCAGUUGAUGUUGUGGCAGCAGCUCUACCAGCUCCUGAUCCCAAUACAAUGGCAGCCAUGUCAAAGCGAGAACAGAAAAUUCGGCAAUCACCGAGUUGUCAGCGUGCUCUAGCACUUCCACUUUCAUCCAGGCAUGAAAUCAAUCGACAAGUGAGACUGAGGGUUGUGAGGGAAUUCAAUCUUCCCGAUGCUGUAGCUGAUCUCCUCGAGAAUGCCUCCUGCUACUGCGUAGAGGAGCCACGGGGAGUAGAUGAGAUUCGCGAUGACUUGGAGGAAUCUCUCGAUGACGAUGCUUCACCACCGCCAUCACCAGCACUGCCCACGGAAACACCAGCCACACAGAAUGUAGCAAAUUGCUAUGGGCGCAACAUGACAUUCCCGCGUCAGCAGCAGCAACAGAAUCACGUCAUCCGGCGCCAAGAAUUGCCUGCAUUGAUCAUUGAAGGUGACGCCAAUGGGGGCUACAGACUGCCAAUGGCUGAGCAAGAAUCCAGUUCCUGCUCUGAUGGUCAUUUGUCUGACAUUAUGCCGGACGUCGCGAUGGCAACGGCGUCUCUGGGGCAACUUCAGCUCGGUGAGCAAGGCGAGAGCAUGCAAUUAGACCUCGGAGAUGGUUCGAGUCACCUAAUGGGGGCCGUUGGGAUGAAUGUACAUACGAUGCAGCAUCGCCAUAUGUCAGCACCGUCUCCAAGCAAUUUCCACCACUUUAUGCGAGGACCGCCGUCUCCGUCGCCGUAUGCAAUGCACCGACAGAGUCCGGCGCCUGGAUCAUAUCACUCGGGCCCACCGCGAUUUUUAUAGAAGCUCCAAGUGGCCCCAGACGUGGGCCUCCACUUCAGUUUGCCUUUCUAAAUGGGGAGACGACACCAUCUCUCACGCGACGACUAAACACGUGAGUAAAAAAAAAAUGCGAAUAUAUAAAAAAAAAAAUAAAAAUAAAUCACAAAUGUGUAGAAAGGAAGUUUGCGACGGAAUUAAAGUCCGUGCCGAAGGGUGCAUCCUGAAAGUGUAUGGAGGUCAAUGGACAAUGUGAGUUUUAUGCGCGAUUAUGAAUCGUUCUUAAAUAAAUAAAUAAAUAAUAUAAUUUCCAAAUCCGAUCGCGAGAAGGAAAUUGAGAGAAAGUAAGAGAGAGAAAAAAGCUACAAAAAAAAAUCUUAGAUUUAGAGAUUCUACAAAUUGAAACAUUACGAAAGAUAUUUAACAUUAUAUACUAUAAUAUGCAUAAAUUAUUAUUCGUGUAAUUUAUAGGAGAGAGAGAGAAGAGGUAAGAGAAAAAAAAGUGAAGAAUUGAGAAAGAUAUUCAAGUGAAA